AUGGACCAAUGCUUACAGGUCGCUUUGGUCGCCGGCGCAGACGCCAUCGCCGAGCAGUCCAAUUUCAUCUUCUCGCCCCUUUCCCUGCGGGCCGCGCUCGCUCUGCUCGCCGCCGGCACGAAGGGUGAGACGCUGCGGGAGCUGCUGGCCUUCUUGGGCUCCCAGGAACUCCACCUCCUCAACGCGACCAGUGCCGGUCGAAUCGCCGAGAUGCGCUCUUGGCCGCAACUCUCUUUCGCCGCCGGCAUCUUCGCGGACAGAUCGCUGUCGCUCAGGCCGGAGUUCGUGUCCACCGCUUCCUCCGCUCACGGGGCCUUGGCAAGAUCCUUGGACUUUCAGAAUCAGGAUCAGCCGGAGGCAGCGGCCGCAGAGGUGAACGCUUUCAUCGCGGAAACCACCCGAGGGCGCUUACGCGACCUUGUCUCCGCAGGGAUGUUUAAAGGCGACGCCAAGAUCGUCCUCGCCAACGCCAUGCACUUCAAGGCGACUUGGGCCCGGAGGUUCGACCCGUCGGACACCGUCCGCAGCCAAUUCAACCGUCUCGACGGCACCUCCUUGCGAGUGCCCUUCCUUUCCGACCCUGGAAUGCAGUACGCCGAGAGUUUCGACGACCUCGGCUUCAAGGUGCUCCAGUGCUUCUACAAGAUGGUCGGCCGCGACGGCAAGCUCGACCCCAAGGCGCCCUUCUUCUCCAUGCUCAUCUUCCUCCCGCACAGGCGCGACGGCAUCAGCGACCUCCUGCGGCUUGCCGUCUCCGAGCCGGACUUUGUCAUGCGCUGCGCUCCCCGGCGCGAGCAGCGGGUCAGCCCGUGCAAAAUCCCCAAGUUCAAGUUCUCCGCUCGGCUCAACGCCAUGGACGCGCUGCGAGGCCUCGGGGUCGCCGCCCCGUUCGACCCGCUCGCCGCGGACCUGUCUGGGACGGUGUCCAACAUGCCCCCCAAUGGGCUCUACGUGUCGUCUGUGUGGCAGAAGUGCGCCGUGGAGGUGGAUGAGGAGGGCACCACGGCGGCAGGAGCGAUGUACACGUGGUCGAGCCCAACCUACAGCCCGCCGAGCACGCCGCCGCCGCCGCCCAUGAGCUUCGUCGCGGACCACCCGUUCCUCUUCGCCAUCGUCGAGUAUGGCAAGGGCCAAGUCUUGUUCCUCGGCCACGUCAUGGACCCUUCAAAAGAGACAUGACUUCGCCAGCCAUGCCAGUUAACCAUGGGCUGCGUUGGAUGACGACGAGUGGGGGUUGCGGCCUGUCGCCUCUGUUCGAAAUUUGAAGUUUCUUUCCUUCUGUUCUUUUGCGAUGAACCUUGGUUGUAUUAACGACGCUGAGGAAACUCGUUCACUUGAUUGAUUUUUU